UCUUACCAAUUUUCUAAAAUGUCGCAGAAAAACGAAAAAACUGCAUGAUGGUCCCGUUUGGAUGACAUUUUCGAAGAACUCGUUUCACAGAGAGGACACACACAUCCACAUAGCUCCUCUCUCUCUCUCUCUCUCUCUCUAACCUUGUUAAAUGAACGAGUUGGAGACCCCAAGGGAGUUCUGAUUUUCAAUGUUUCUGCAGAGGGAAAGAAAGACACAGGCUGUGCAGUCUCUGAGAACCCAUCCAGUACAACAAUCACAGAGAGUCCCCAAGGAGAGACCGACCUCCUCCUAAUUGAAACUCCAUGAGACGAGCGUACCAAAAGCAGAAAGGUGGAAAAGAAAAGCCCCUUCCCACACUCAGUCCCUCACCCUGCCUUUUGACACCGUCUUGUCUCCUGAGCAAUCUUUUCCCCAUGCUUAGCCGUCUCCCUGCUCUGAUUUUGUUCCAAAGGCUGUGUUUCUUCUUUCCUGUUUUGCACUUCAAAAAGUCAAUAUCCUUAUUUUAGGUCCCCUUUUAUGAACUUUUAAAUGCUUUUCUUCCUUUUUCCUUUGAACGUUUGUGGGUUUCACCAACUUGGAACAUCUGGUUUUAAAUAUUUGCUCUAGUGGGUCGCUUGUGUUGCAUCUUUCCACUUAAAUCUUUUCUAUAUUUUUGCGGAUUCUGGGUGUCUGGAGCUGCUUUGGCCUUCUCUGUGAGUUUUAGCUGUUUGGCAAAUGUUCUUUCUGUUUUAGGGAACACUUGGGUGCAGUUUCGUCAUCUAAGUUUUUAAGUUGGUACAUGAAUUCCGGGCAUUUUGAAUCGGUAGUCUUUGUGCAAGCUGGUGGCAUUUAGUUAAAGUCCUGCAGUUUCUGCCACAGAGGUUUGCUGUGGCAAUGGUCUGUUCCCUCUCGACUCCGUUCUUGGGUUUGUGAAUUGUGUGUAUUGUUGUAUUACACAAUUGUGUGUAUUGUUGUAUUAGGUUGAGCAUUGUACCAAGUGAGUGAAUUUGGGUUUGUGGCUUUAUCAUUAGAAGAAUUUGAACUUGAAAACGAUGGAUUUGAGUGAGAAUGAAAAACUUGGUUUAGGUAAGAGCAGUGGUGAUCAUUCGAGUUACCAUGCCCCCACUAUACCUUCAGAGUGGAGAUUUUCUGGUGAUCUUCCCAAUCCAUCAUUCAACUUGGUGCCUGCCGAGAAUUCCAUGGCUGCUUGCAGAGGCACUGCAGUGGAGUCCUCUUGCUGCCCUUCUGUUUCCAUGUCCGAGUCUUUCUGCCCUGACAUUUGGGAUUCUAACAAUCUCAUUAGCCAUAAUCUGGCAUUCAAGCAAGUCAAGUCGAGUAGCGAAGCCUCUGGUAUGAGGGAUAUCAUCUCUGGUUCAUCUUCCGCUGCGCCCCCGUUCGCGAUGGGGUGGACUCCAUCUGCUUCUUCUUCGAUGAAAGCCGUUGGUGCCUUUGCACAGUCCGCAAUGGGGAUGAUUCCUCAAAGCUUAGUUCAAUUUCCUGCUGAUUCUGGCUUCAUUGAGCGGGCAGCAAGGCUUUCUUGUUUCGGCAGCAUGAUGAACUCUUUCGGCAUGUCUGGAUCCAUGCCACCUUAUUCUAAAGGUGCAGGGGGAAUGGUUCAAGCAUCGGAGAUCCUGCCGCCUGCUCCGCCAACGCAGAAUAACGACGUUGGUGUCUCUGAAUUUGGGAAAAAUGAUCUGGUUCCAAGCAGUGAAGGGGAUACAACCAAGAAGGUGGAGCAGAAAAUGGCCCACUUGUUGAUGUCCCCUGUGUCAAGAAGCACUGAGGAAGGGAAACAGAGGGUUGGCUCUUCAAGCAUUGAUUCUGAUGGUGCAGAAGUUAGCGGCCGUGGGCAGGAGGAAUCAUUGCAUUUGGACAACGCUGUGAAUCAGCCUUCGGCUAAAGGACUUAGCACAAAGAAAAGGAAGAGGCCUGCACAGGGAGCCGAGCCAACCCAAACCAAGAGUUCUUCACAAAUGGCAAUUGAUGGUGGGAAUGAAAAUCCUGAAAAUAGACCGAAGGUAGAGCCCACUCAAACAGCAAAUACAGGAAAGCAUCAUGGGAAACAACCCAAAGACAAUUCACAGGGUUCAGAUGCACCAAAGGAAGAAUACAUCCAUGUCCGAGCAAGGCGAGGCCAAGCCACCAACAGUCACAGUCUUGCAGAGAGGGUAAGGAGGGAAAAGAUAAGUGAGAGGAUGAAGUUUCUCCAGGACCUUGUGCCUGGGUGUAGUAAGGUUACAGGCAAGGCUGUCAUGCUUGAUGAGAUCAUCAAUUAUGUGCAGUCAUUGCAACGACAAGUUGAGUUCCUUUCCAUGAAGCUUGCAACUGUCAACCCGCGGCUAGAUUUCAACAUGGAGGCGCUCUUAUCAAAGGAUAUUUUUCAGUCACGAGGUGGCCCUUCAUCAGCUGUUGCCUAUAUGCCUGAUAUGAACAUGGUUCAUUCUCAUAUGCACCAAAACCAGCAAGGAUUAGUUCAGGCUGGAGUGCCAGGUAUUGCAAGCCCAUCAGAUUCGUUGAGAGCAGUUAAUUCUCAUUUGACUUCGGUUGGUGGAUACAAAGAACCCCCAUCUCAGAUUCCAAAUGCCUGGGAAGAUGAUCUCCAUAAUGUUGUUCCGUUGAGUUUCAGCACUGGUGGCCCAAUUAGCAAUCAGGAAAUGAAUGACAGUUCAUUGCCUCCAUGUCAUAUGAAAGCAGAGCUUUGAGUUAUGUUUGUCUUUUAGUUCACAUGCUUCUCUUAAAGAAUCCAUCCGGCCUCCGCCAAAGAUGGUAUCGAAGUUGAAGGUCAAGUUCGGGUUGCAAAGUUUUCUCCCUGAAGAUCCAUGAACUCUGUGGCUUAUAGUUGUCGAAUAGUUCCUUAGUGUCACCAAGAUUUUAAAUAAUAGCUGAUGUUAAGGCACUGGAGGUUGUGAUCUUUUAAUCAGCCUCCAUUUGAACUAGAGAGAAGCUGGUGUUACUCGUGCUACUUUGCAAGCAGAAAAUCUGUAUACGAAGAGAAUUUUCUCAAAGGGUUCACUCGGCUGAAAGCUAUGGCACAAGAAGGAAGCUUGAUGUACUAAGUAUCGCAAGGAAAGAAAUGUGCAGGCCAAUAGUGUACUGUGCAGAGCUGAACCAGGAAUGGACUCUCUGGCACAUUGAGUUUCAAGGAGGCCAAAGUGGAAAGGAAAUUGUAAGUUUCAUUGCAUAGAAUGUUGGUUUGGCUCAUUCAUCAUUGAUUGCUUGAGCAAUACAAUUAGCAAUGUAUAUUAUAUAUUAUUUAAUCAUUACGAACUCAUGGUUGUAUGUAUGUUUAACAUCUGA